AUGGAUAACGAAGAUAUAAAAGCAAUUGCAAACUGUCAUCCAAACCCAUUAACCGCACCCGUUCAAAAUUUAAAUUUACGCCCUGAACUACCAUUACCAACAUCAUAUGUCCCAUGGAAAUCUGACGACCUUUUGGCUUUAUUUGAUGCUAAUAACAUUUUCUUGCUGAUCAAACCGACGCAGACGUCGAGCAUCGAAAUCGCUUUUCAAACGGGACAAUGGGUUUUUGCUCCACAUACCGAAAAGAAGAUUUUAUAUUUUAUUGCAUUUCAUAAAACGGUCUAUUUGCUUUUUACCGCCAAUAAUAGUCAAGCUUUUCAAGGAGUUGCCAAGUUUCUACAUUUAUAUAUACGAUUUAACGCGAAACCACAAGGGAAGAUAGCAUGGAUAUACAAAAAUGAAAUUCCUUACACCCAAUUAAUGCAUAUAAGGAAUCCUUUUAAUUCCAAUAAGCUCAUCUUCGAAGGUAACGACGGGCAAGUGGUCCAAGAGGAAAGCGCAAACGAACUAUUUCGAAUAUUAUCCCAACAAAGAAACGUAAUUUAUAACUCCAUCUAUUCAUGAAUUGAUCAUUAAUCGAAUCAUCGAUUUAUCGUACAAUCGAUUCAUCGACUUCCUUGAUUAAUUAAUCUAUCAAUCGAUUCUUUGUUUUUCUUAUCAAUGUAUUCAUCGAUUAAUUGCUCCAUUCCUCAAUUCAUUAAUAAAUCUAUUAAUUCAUUCUAUCAUUAUCGAAUCGUUGAUU